CGGUUCGGCCUUCGAAAUCGUGCCCACAAUGGCGUCCAGCUCCGUGCCUGGACCGUUGUCCGUGGAAAAGUGUCCUGCGCGGUAUGAGGACAACGACGUCGGUACACCCCCCUCGGAGCUGCACCGAUCGAUUGCCGAACAGGAACUGGGUGAAACGGAGCAAGGUCGAGUGGAGGCGUUGGCCGAACUGCGCCGAUGGAUCGCCGCGCAUCCGCACAUACGCAAGUGUCGCACGGAUGCACUGUUCCUGUUGCGGUUCGCGCGUGCCCGUAGGUACGAUCUGGAUGCGGCUCGUCUAGCGAUCGAGCGCUAUCUCACGAUGCGUCAGACGUUUCGCUUGUGGUACGAAAACCUCGAUCCAACCGAUCGCUAUAUGCGCGAGCUAGUUGACGAGGUACGCGGCUGUCUGCCGCUCGGCGUGGAUCGGGCUGGCCGCAUGGUGGCCCUGGUUCGGGUGCGCAGUUUCGAUGUCACGCGCUACAACUGCUAUCACCUCGGACGCUUCCAGCACAUGCUGAUGGAAGCGUACUUUGACGAUACGGAGGUCCAGAUUGGCGGAGGUGUCGCGAUCGUUGAUUGCGCCGCGGCAACGAUGGGCCAUUUCAUGUGCUUCAAGCUUACGGAUUUGAAAAACUUUAUCGACUGCGUCCAGCAUGCGCUUCCGGUGCGCGUGAAGGAAGUGCACACAGUUCACCUGCCGCUGAUCGGACAGGCCCUCGGGAAUCUUGUGCUCAGCUUCGCCGGUGAAGAGCUUCGGAAGCGCAUCUUCUUUCACAGCUCGAUGGACAGUGUGUUGAAGUACGUCGAUCGCGACCUCCUGCCGCUGGAGUACGGUGGAAAGUCUAGCCCGGAAGAGAUUACCUUGAAGCUGAAGGAGCGACUCGCUGCCAAGCGGGACAUGCUACUGGUGUUAGAUCAAAUGGAAAUCGAUGGCGCACCGUACGCUCACUUUUGGAACGAAACCACCGAAGGCGACAUCGAGUUUGGCAUGGAGAUUGACUGAUGCUCAUGAGGUUUCACCAAGGCUUCUGUGCUUCUGUCACUGAAAUUCAUAGACGUAUGGGCUGCCGGUUCCGAACUUGAUUUACUAUCCGAUCGCUUGCACGCUCCUGUGUCGCGGCACGUGGGAUGGACCUCCAGCUCCAGGCGAGUAGCCGUCAACCAGGGUGUAAUGAGAUAAAUAUAAAAUAAUCACCAACGUGCCGGGGUUAGCAGGUUGCACUUACGCUAUAAUAUUCUGCUACCCCUUGAGAGGUCAUCGUUAAUAGGAAAGGGAGCAGCAGAUGUUCGCCGACGUGUGUGUGUGUGUGUGUGUGUGUAAAAUUGAGUUUUAUCGCCGUCUAGAGGAUCAAGUGUAUCUGGCUACGAAACAGCUGCACAUACAGCGCAGUAUGUUUGAAUGCUUUUGACUGGCGU